AUGUGGAAGGUUGCUUGCGUGACUGGGCUCAACAGGGCACGUGUUCAGGACUUGUCUUCGGGGUCUCCUCGAAGGUUGCAGGGCCUGAAGGGGCAGGUGUCUAUCAACGUAGGCAUCCAGGAGAAGCGCUCGGUUCCUCUGAGUGAGGAGGAGAAGGAAAUUCAGGGACUGCGUAACGAGCUGCAGACCCUCACGGAAGAGAACCAAUCCAUGUUGGAGGCGGUGAAGCAGGUGCGCGAGGAGGAGGCCAAUGUCAAGAAGGAGAUCGAGGCCAAACGGGAGAUGCCUCGAGGAGAGAUCUGUGCUGUGGUGUAA